AAACAAAUCCAUCAAAGUCAACAGCGCCAUCUACUUCGUAAAAAUUGAUUAUAAACGAAAGAAUACGAAUUAUUUUGAAUUUGUUUCCGAAUUAAUAUAUAUUUUUAUAUGAAAAAUGAAAUGGAAUUAUGUAAAUAUCUAUAAUAACCGUUGUAUUACAUAUAGUUAUUUUCAUCAUGGUACAUGAAACAACAGAAUAUCGUAGAAAGUAUCGUUGGAAUUCGCCUCAAAAGCGACAUCAAAUUUGGAAAGAAAAUUGGAAUUUUCGAAAGGCAAGGAAAUUGUUAGAAUUUCAGCAUGAACCAUUUGAUUCAUGGAAUGAAGAACAGUCCAGUGAAUCAUCUGUAACAGAUGAAAUUGCUAAUGAGUUUCUCCCUCCUUCUAAAUUAAAGCAAAAAUAUUUAGAAGUAAUAAAAGAAACUACUAAUCACUCAAAAAUUCAUAUGAUAGAUAGAGCUACCUCUCCAGAAUAUUGUCCUUCUUUAUCUGAAUCUUUGCUUUCUGAAAAAAAUAAAUGUGAUGUUGGUGUUCAGACACCAAACUGGGAUGAUCUUAAAUAUGAAUCUGAUAAAGAUUCUGAUAGAGAGAUGUACAUAGAAAAUGAUUUAUUAGAAAUUGCUAGAAGAUUAAAAGAAGGAGUAAUGUGCAAUGUGAAUACUUUGGAUUUUAUUAAUCAAGUUAUUAACAGAGCAAGAUCAUCAAGUCCUCCUAGGAAGAAAGAUACUAGAGAUAGUUACAGUCAUUUACUUAGAGAUAAGCAUCAGACUCAUCAAUCAAAAUCUCCUAUAAGUUUAUGUAGUCAAAUAAAUAAGCAAAAAGACAUAUAAUGUUAAGAUAUCAAAAAAUAUACAUAGUUCAACUUUGAAAACUCAGAGACAGAAGUUAGUUGAUACAUCAAAACUUUCACGACAAAAACUGCCUGAAACAAAAGAAAUGCCAUAUAAACGUGAAGGGCAUCGUGUUAUCAAUGACUUGAAAAAUUAUGUAGAGAGUGCUACAAAAUGGCUUUGUGAAUAUGAUAACAGAUAUCAGUAUGGACCACGUCACACUAGAAUUUAAAUAUAUAAAAUUUUCUUCUUUUAAUGUGAACCUACCUAAUGCAAUAUUUCAUAAAAAAACAAGAAACAAUAUAUUUUAGUUAAAUACAUUAUUAAUUAUACUAAACUACUGU